AUGAAUUUGUUAGAUCGGGUUAAGUCUGUCAUCAAAAUAUGCCGACUAUCGCUACUUAUGCUUAACUCAGUGGCCAUUGUGUUUGCCCUGUAUUUUAUGAUAUCCCACAAGAAUCUGGUCAAUAAAAAUCUGGUUAUGGCUCGUGAAGUACUCAUUGGUUACGGUGUGAUCACAAUAAUCGUAGCAUUGCUAGGCAUAGGUGUGGCCGUAUAUGGAGGCAAACACAAAAAGAGACGUCACUAUCGGUUAGCUUUUUUGUUUGCAAUACUGGCAACCCUUUUGAUGGUCAGUGCGAUCAUUGUGUCGGCGAUCUAUGUCCGCAAUAUGACCGCCGGUGACAUUGUCUUUACUGUUUUACUUGUUUUGUUUGAACUAAUAUUACUACCCAUUGCUUUUGGAUAUCCAUUAGUUUUGAAAAAAGUGCGAACUCUUAAGAGACUUAAUUUAAUUUAA